AUGGUCAUAGGCUUGUAUACCCUUCUCGUAGCAAUCACUCUAUGGACCAUAUUUUCCUCUCCCAAGAAAUCCGGACAUACCUUCCUGCCUACAGUCAUUUUGAUUCUAUACAUUCUCACGACAAUUUCUUAUGGGUUUGACUGGGCGUACCAGCGGCGCGCAUUCAUUGAGAACGGGGACAACUUUUUCAGUAUCUUUGUUGCGCUCCAGAGUAUCAGCCCGUGGUGGAGAGCAUACGAACUCGUUGAUGGUAUUAGCGGUGGUAUGAGCACAUUUCUCGUCGACAUCACCAUUGUAUGGCGUUGUUGGGUGCUUUGGGACCGUCAAUGGAGGAUUGUCCUUAUACCAGCUCUUUGCACGGUAGCCGGGACAAUCGCAAAGGCCAUGCAAAUCCGUAGUGUUUUCAUCAACACAACCAGCGAAAUCGGCGACACCGGAGGCUUCGUAGCAGAGAUCAACUGGCCACUGAUCUAUAUCUCCUUGACACUGGCCACGACACUCCUGUGUACCCUAUUGAUCGUCUACCGCAUCGUUCGCCUGGCAUCAGGAGUGGGCUCAUACGGGAAGAUUGUCGAGAUUGUGAUUGAAUCCUCAGCGAUGUAUUCACUGACACUGAUUGUGUACCUGGCCCUGGUUGCGAGAAAUCUGCAAUCGGGCUAUUAUGCAGAUAUCAUUAUGGCAUAUAUCAAGGUCAUUGCACCUACGCUCCUCGUUGGACGAGUCUCAGCCAGUUCGAAUUCAAGCUCUAACAGUCAGACAAUAGUCCAUUCCACAAAGGACCGUAGCUCUGUGUUGAGCAGAUUCAUAGCAAGAAGGCGAGAGACGGCUUCCAUUUAUCGGAAUGGCAACGAUUCCACUACCUCGUCGCAGACUUAUUAUAAGCCGAGGAUGGAUAAUGUCUAA